GUUCGUAUGAUCACCUACAAAACAGCUUCUUUUAUCCAUGUUCAAAAGCAUUGCAAUCAUCAAGUGUUUCCAGCCUUCAGUGUUAUAUGACCCGAAAGUUGUUGCAACCACAGCACUAAUAUUCCAUGAUGAGCAUUGACCUCUUUUCAUCUUAAUUGACAGACAUUCUUCGCCGUACGGAUUCCCCACAAGAGGCAUUGACCACAUUGUAUCAUGUCCACCAGCUCAAGGGACGCUUCAAGGGACCGUGCAGAGUCUCGUUUGGUCAAGCAUCAACAUUCUUUCUCAGAGUCUGGUCGUGCCUCAGUGCCCAUGUGGGACAGUUCUGAUCCUGAAAGAGCACCGCCACCUCUCCCGCUACAUCCAGGCAAUCCAGGAAGCCCCAUUACCCGAUCCAAUACAUCCAAACGUAUCGACGAGGCUGCUGCACUCAUCACAGCAAGAGCCCGCGAGAAUGCGCCUAGCUCUUACACAACCAACCCAUUGCCAUUGUCACCGGAUAGGAACAUCAUGAGAGCACAGAAUCGACGAAUGCAAAACAUCCAAAGCCCCAGCGUUAGCCGUUUGAGUGAUUCACUCGAACGACGUUCCCCCGACAAAGGUCUGCGCACCGCUAAGUUUGUUGACUUUGAAGACUUUCGGAGCAGCCGGUCAUCUGAUCGUCCAUCAGGGCAUCAGAGAUCAGAGACACCGACUCCUGGAGAGCGAGCUUCAGCUCGGUCGAGGGAACAUGAGAACACACCUCCUGGUACGGGUAUCCUGACCUUGCAUGGUGCUCGUGGCCGCCAGGAUGCUACCCCAUUGUCCGACAUCACUAAUGGCACCCCUCUACCUACACAACCUUCCUACUCCUUCGACUCAUUAUCGACUCAAAUUUUGAGCCUCACAAACCUCGUCACAAAUGUCCAAAAGGAAAUGAUGUCUUUGAACAAGAGGAGCAAAGAGAAUCAUGGUGACAUCACAAGUCUCAAACUUGCAGCCACGACUCGGGAUGAAGACCUUUACAAGAAUCUGAGGGAGCUUGUCAACGGUUUGGAGAGCAAGUUUACCAAUCUAGACGCUCGACUCUUGUCUGGACAUGAAGAUUCAAGGCAAGGUUCCAACUUGGGCAUGUAUCUCGAUGAAAAGGCGCAUAAUGGCUCCCCACGCAAGAGUUUUGGCCUGCCUCGGAUUGGCAGUCCAUCCGGCUUUUCAAUGUCAAUUGAUCGUGAGUUGACGGCGUCUCCAUCGCUGGCAUGCGUCGACGGCGCUGCAAGUAUCGCUCUCCUCGAGAAGGUCUUGCGAGAAAUGGCUACUCGAGAAGGACAAGAGGCCAUCCGAAAUACGCUCGAAUCGGUCAAGUCACAAGCCUUGGUUCGCGGAGAGACAGCACCGUCGUCUUCACAGCCAACAGUUGAUCCAACCAUGAUGGCCAAGCUGGAAGAUAUCUUGGUCAUCAUGAAAGACUUGCGCCACGAAUCCAACUCAAGGGCUUUAAUUCGUUCCGCUGGGCCCGAACAUGCGAGACCCUCCUCCAACGGCGAGGGCUACGACAAUGGCGUCGUCUCGAGAAGCAAAGGGACAAAUGAAGAUCGAAAUGCGGCAUCAGCAUCCAACUUUGUGAACGACGAAAUGAUGAAGCUGAUGAAGAGCAUCAAGCAAUCUCUAGCGCAAAGUGGAGGCCUCACAAACGAAGUCAAGAUUCUCGUCCGAGACCUUCGCGGUGAAGUGCUGGGGAUGGGCCGCGAAAUUGCGAGAAAGAUGGAGCAAACCAGUGUCGCAAAGAAAGGCUCAGAAAAAUCCCUCCCCGCAACCCAAGAAGAGAUCGCAGCAAUUGUCCACUCUGGCUUUGCGGAACUUAAGGAGUCAAUGCAUCAAAUCGUGGAAAGCAGUCGACAGAGAGCUGCACACCAAAAUCGAUCGACAGUUGAAGCAGAGGCUGUCCUUCUGGCGGUUCGCACUGCUAUCGCCGAUAUUCCUCCACCUCGCGAGACGCCUGAACGGGAUGUCGCUGCCGAACGCGCAGAAAUGAUAUUGGCAGUCCGUGAAGCCUGGGAAGAUUGUAAGCCAGAAAUUGCACUGGAGCAUUUUGGCCUGGAACGUGAUGAGAUCCUCGAAACCCUCAAGGAAGGUCUCAAGUCUUACCAGCCCCAACAUGACAUGACUAAAGAGGCCGGUGCCACAUAUGAUGAAGUCGUUGCAGCGGUGUCACAAGCCUUGUCGACCUUCAAAUUACCCCAAAUGCCACAAAAUGCCGGUGUCACCCGUGAUGAGGUCGUGGCCGCAGUCCGUGAAUGCUUUGACGACUUUGAAUGGCCAAAUUUCCCAGGAACAAGCUCCAGGAACCUCGACCUGACAAGAGACGACGUUCUCGACGCUGUACGAGAAGGUCUUUCUAACCAGGAUCAAGCGUCCAAUGAAUCUGUCGCAGAUGCUAUUAGAGAUGGAUUUGCCCAGCAGCAGAUGUUUUCGAAGGAAUUCGUGGCCGACGCCCUCAAGGAUGGCCUUGCACAACAAGGAGCCUUGACCAAGGAAAUUGAAUUCAACCGUGACGACCUUUUUGACGCGAUCAAGGCUUGCUUAGAGGGUGAACAAAAUCCUCUGGGUGGAAUGGGAGAACGAGUCAUCGAAGCCAUGCACGAAUUUCUAGGCAGCAUGAAGACUGAAUUCCAGCAAUACUCUGCCGCGAGUGGCAAAGACACGGAGCAAGUCCUCGACGCACUGAAAGACGGCCUCGAAGAUCUGCGCGGAGAUAUCGAAAGCUACGUCGACCGAGCAUCAGAUGUGACAGGCAAGGACGAAAUCAUCGACACCGUUAAAGCAGGAUUUGCUGUCAUGCAGGUGGAUUUGGAAAAGGGAUUUGCCAGCCGUUCCAAUAUGGCCACGAACACGCCUGAACUUCUCGACGCAAUGGAAAAGGAGUUCCAACAUCUUCGAGACACCAUCAGCAAAAGCAUGGGCCAAGGUAGCGACGUCUCGUCGAGAGAUGAAAUUCUAGACGCCAUUCGUGAUUUGUCCGAUGAUCGCCAGUCGGCAUUGAGCAGCAACAGCGAGGAUAUUGUCCGUCUCGUCAAGGAAGAGCUCGAGCACAUGCGUGUGACGCUGGCAGCCACUCUACUCAAGAGUGGUGGUUCGUCAUUGGAUCGCGAUGAAGUGCUUGAGACCAUUCGUGAGGGAAUUGAGUCAUCCCGGUCUGCCCCUAAGAGUGGCAACGAGAGCAUUUUAUCCAACACCAGCGAGCUGCUUGACGCUUUUCAGGACGGCGUCGAUGGCAUUCGAGUCGAUCUACAAAAGUUGAUUGAGCGACCCUCCGACCUUGGUAGCACCUACGAAAUUCUCGACUCUUUGAAGGUGGGUAUUGAGGAAGUGAAGGCCGAUAUUCAGCGCCUGCACGAAAAACAAACUGAUAACCCCGACUCAGAAUCCCCCAGAGGACAAGAAAUGAUCGUACAUGACCAGAACCGCAUCACCACGGAGAUUGAAGCGUUGAAGGUCAUGAUCACUCAAUUACGAAUCAAGGUUGAAUCGCUGGAUCACAUGGAACCUCCUCCAGCCCCGACGGAGAUGCGGAUGCACAAAGACGACAUGGACGAGCUAUAUGGAGCUAUUCGCCACGUUGAAGACGUCGUCUCACGUUCUAAAUCGACCUCCAACCCUGAGAUCAAGGAGGACCUUGACGGCAUCUUCACGGCGAUUCGACAAGUGGAUGAAAAUGUCAGCAAGAUUCGGGAGACAAGUGCACCAGAUGUGACCAUGCCAGAGAACGCAGCAUCAAAGGACGACACCGACGCCAUUGAAACACUAUUGCGAAACGUCAAAGCUCAAUUGGACGAAGUCUUCUUCUCCCCAGGUCCUGAAUCGAUUGCUAAGACCGGCGACAUUGUCGGGCUGGAAGAUCUCCUAAGAGAUAUUAAAGUCUCAGUGGACGAAUCUGCCGAUCGCGUCGCGGAGUCAUCCGGCAAAGAAGACUUUACCAUGAUUGAACUGUUGCUGAAAGAUGUUCAGGCACAAGUGGAAGACGUCAAGGCCAAAGUCGAUACUCUGGACGGCACGGACAAUUCUUCCAACAAAGAAGAAGUCGAAGUGGUGCAGACCUUGUGCAUGGACAUCAAGGCUCAAAUCGCCGCGAUGAAAUUACCUGACGUUGAAACCAUUCCUAGUAAAGAUGACAUUGUUGAUGUUCGAAACGAUCUCAAGGCAUUCCGUGAACAGCUUGAAGCGGACAAUGGUCUGACGGCACAAGCGUUUGAGGCUCGCAAGAUCGAACACGGUGGUUUGGCCACUAAAAUUGACGAUGUCAAGGGAAUCCUGAGCGAUCUCAGAGAUGAACUGAUGCUCAAGAUCGAUGGUAGUGCUGACGGAAUCGUCGAGUUGAACAAGGUUCUCGGCACACAGCAUGACGAUAUCAGUAAAUACGCAACGGCAAUCGGUCUCGCGGAGCUUUCUGAUAUGAUCAAAGCGGAAUUCGACAAGAAUAUGGCUGAGCAGAUGAGCAUGAAGGGCGAGAUGGAAGAACGCGAUGCCACACUCUUCAGCAAACACGACGAGACAGGCGCCGUGCUCAAGGCUAUCAUUGAUGAGAAAUUCUCAGAGCUCAUUUCAAAGUACGACGAUGGCCAAAUUUUCAACGAAGCGAAGUUGAAUGCUUUGGAAGACCAUGACACCAUCCAGAUGGAGGCGACAAGCAGCACGAGGACCGCGGUAGAGGAUCUCAAGUUGGUUAUGGAGUCACUGGGCCUGACCAUGACCGAGACAUGCGACCGAGUUUCAGCAGACUCCAAGACUGUCUUCGAGGCGGUGGAGGAGUGUAAAGCCAAGCUGGACGACUUAUAUACAGCCAACGCAUCUGACCAUGGCGCGACAAGAGACGAAGUGGCCAAGACAUUAAUGACGGUGACGAGGCUGGAGUCGACGAUGGACGAGAACCAGCCAGCAUUACUGGCUGCCAUUCGGGAAAUCUUGGGUGUUGUCAAUCAGCAUUACGAGCAUUCUCAACAGCAGGCAGAGAGCUUCGCCAAAGCAACCGAGGAAAUCAAGUCUGGCGUUGAUUCAAUUCCGGCUGCGAUUCCACCUUUGCUACCAGCUUUGCCAGCUGCUCCUUCAAGUCCAAUCAUUGCUCCUGAGCCAAUCAGACAGGAGAAGUAUGAUGAUAGCGAAGUUCACGACAAGCUCGACACUCUCUUGUCGCACGCUGCUUUGGCCAAGGAAAUGUUUGCAGGGAUCGAAAACCAUCAACAAGAUACUCGAGUAGCAUUCACGAGUAUGUCAAAGUUGGACGAGAUUCACCAACAGGUCAUGACCACGGCAGCGGAAAUUGCAGGGAUGGUGACGACUCAAGCUCGACUAAUGGGCGAACACCACGAGUCAAAAGCUGCCGAGGCAACUGAGGCGGCAAUCGCGCUGGAGAAGCGUACAGCUCAAAAGGAAAAGGUCGAGGCGGAAAUUGUGGCACUCGGGUCGGAGAAGAAUGCAUUGAUCGAGUCUAUGGCGGAGCUCAGACGCGAGCAAGAAGAGUUGAGAAGCCAGACCAAGAAGCUCACGCGUGACGUGGGCAAGCUUGAGACAGCCCUGCAGAUUCGACAAGAGGAAAUGCGCGACAUGAAUGCCCGAGCGGAGAUGCUAGAACGCCGUAUCCUGGAAGGAUUGGUGAAUCAAGCCCGCACUGCAAGGGCUCCUCGAGGCCAUCCUCGAGAACCGGUCAAGAGCAAGAUCACCCCGGCGGAGAGAGACGCGUCGAUGAAUCUCCGCCGUGUCUCCAGUAAUGCGAGCACCGUGACGAGAAGAAGCUCGCUCAAGAGCGGAGGUACGAAUCUUGGAAGCGCUGUUGGCAUGGCUUUGAAGAAGAGGGCUCCCCUCAUUGGCCAGACCCCAGCUAUCACGACACCGAGGACUUCAGCGGUGGACCGGCGCAUCCUCAGCACCAGCCAUGUGACAGGAAACCGUAGACAGAAUGCCCCCGAUCUCAGUCUGGUACUUGCUCCAGUGCCCAAGUCGACAGGGCUGGCCAGCCUCAAGAGAAGUCAAUCAGUCAAGAGCAACCCCAGCAGCUAUGCCAACGGACGCAAGGCGAGCUGGAACGGAGCGCCAUCUGAGUUCACGGACAAAGAGAAUGUGGAAGUGCUGCAUGAGAAUGGAGAGGAAUCCGAUAGUGACGGGGACACCGAGCGACGAACCAGCUACGGGACCAGCAUCAUGUACAGCGACAGCAUGACAUAUGGCACUGGUACCUCAAUCAGUUCGCGCAGCCGACGAUCCACCAGUGCGGCUAGUAGCAUCAUUGGAGCAGUCAACGGACAAGAUAUGAUUGCAGAAGAGGACGAAGAGGGUGAGGAUGAAGUGCCAGAUGAGGAGACCGCGAUGGUGUUGCACAAUGGAGGAGUGAAUGCAGGACAGGACAACUCGGCAGACUUGAAUCGUCUUGACGAUGUUGAAAUCGCACAUGCGGUGGUGGACGGACUGUCGAUACUGGAGCCUCCGCCAUUGAUCACAGAACAAGGGCUGAAGUACAGUCAUGACAGUGAUAGCGGGCUAGGCACAGAGCCAUUGACGGCGGGGACGGAGGAGAGGAGGGGAGAAGCGCAGGAAUAUUUCCAAAUGACCGCGCAGGAUAUGCGAGGAUGAAGCCAAUCAGGUGGUCAGAGGACGCUAGAUUGAACAUUAUUAUGACUGAUAUGCAAAUGGGCGUUGGAUUAUGUGGUUGAAUUGGAAUGGAAUGGUUUGAUAGUGACGUAUGGCAGGACUCAGGACGAAGGGUUGGUUGUGUUAAAGUUGGGCAGAACUUGUUGGUGCAGACUGAGCAAGCGUUGUCUUCUUUGAAUGGGUACUUACAAUGAUGUAAAGUGUUCAGGUUCCUCACAGUGAAUUCAAUGGACUCAACAAGCA